UGGCCUGUCAGGUGGAACAACUCUUCCCAAAGCAAACUUUGCACGAGGCCAGUCGCCCUGGGCUCUUCCUGACAUUUAAUGCCCGCUCCUUCCCCUGCCUCAUUUGCAUGUUCCCAGCCCAGAAGGUGCCCCCUGCCAGAUUCUCCUCUCCCACCUCUUGGCAGCUGGGUGGGGCCUCCAGACUAGGGGAGGGUGGACCUCUUCCUACCUCCAGACCACUGCUCCCAGCCGGGGACACGACUGUAACUCUGCUGGGGCCAGAUGGACAGAGCCCACCCGGGACCGGAGAAAGGGGCCAUGAGGUCUCUGUGGCACCGCCAGAACUGAGGUGCCCUUCCCGCUCCCUCCAGCUCUGGAUCCAGGAGAGAGGCCUCGGGGUAACUGCCCAGGCUACAGUCCCAGCACCUGCGACUGGUGACAGGGGCGGGGCCCAGGUCCCUCUGCUCUUAGGGCAGCAAGCUGGCCUGAGGGCCACUGGGAUCCAGCUCUUCGUGUCUCCAGUUUCCACAACCUCCCCCCACCCCCGCACCCCAGAGUUCCAGGACAGAAGGGCUGAGGACGGUUCGUUCUGGACUUUCUCAUUUUCUGUAAUGUCGGGAUGCCUUCACUUGGUCCUAAAACCCUGUCUCCAAGCGCAAGGUGGGCUCCCUGGCCCAAGGCUUGGGGCUUAAGGCACAUUUUCUCUGUCAGCCCUGCCAAGAUUUUACAGAUUCAACAGCAGGAGUUUAUGCCUUUCCAUCCAGCCGUUCUGGGCUGGAGGAGGCUGCAGAGACACGGAGAACAGAGACGAGAGUACCUGACGUGGACACACACAGCUCUUGGGGGAGUGUCAGGUCUUCUCGCAUCACCGUCCUGCCUUGUCGCGCCAAACCCCAGAGACACGAUUAUCCUCAUGAGUCCUCAUUUCACCAACAAGGAUACUAAGGCCCAGAGGAUGGACCAGGGUGCCCAGGCAGAGCCAGCCGCGGCCGCCGGCCCGAGCAGCAGCGGCAUGGGCAGCGCCAGCCCGUGCCUGAGCAGCGUGGCCCCCAGCCGCCUCCUGCUGGCCCCCGAUGCUGUGCUGCGGACAGGCCUGGAGAAGGUGGCCGUGGGGGCAGCAGGGCCCGAGAGCCGAGACUGGAGCCCCAGCCCCCCCGCCACGCCCGAGCAGGGCCUGUCCGCCUUCUACCUCUCCUACUUCGACAUGCUGUACCCCGACGAUGGCAGCUGGGCCGCCAAGGGCCCUGGGGCCAGCGCUCGGGACGAGCCGCCUGAGGAGCCCGAGCAGUGCCCGGUCAUCGACAGCCAGGCCCCUGGGGGCGGCCUGGACUUGGCGCCGGGCGGGCUGACCCUGGAGGAGCACUCGCUGGAGCAGGUGCAGUCCAUGGUGGUGGGCGAGGUGCUCAAGGACAUUGAGACGGCCUGCAAGCUGCUCAACAUCACCGCAGACCCCGUGGACUGGAGCCCUGGCAACGUGCAGAAGUGGCUGCUGUGGACGGAGCACCAGUACCGGCUGCCCCCAGUAGGCAAGGCCUUCCAGGAGCUGGGAGGCAAGGAGCUGUGCGCCAUGUCGGAGGAGCAGUUUCGCCAGCGCUCGCCCCUGGGCGGGGAGGUGCUGCACGCCCACCUGGACAUCUGGAAAUCAGCGGCCUGGAUGAAAGAGAGGACCUCCCCGGGGGCCAUUCACUACUGCGCGUCCGCGGGCGAGGAGAGCUGGACUGACAGCGAGGUGGACUCGUCCUGCUCCGGGCAGCCCAUCCACCUGUGGCAGUUCCUCAGAGAACUGCUGCUCAAGCCGCACAGCUACGGCCGCUUCAUCCGCUGGCUCAACAAGGAGAAGGGCCCCACUUGCACGGCUGGCUCUCUCCGGGCCCUCCUGCUGCCCCCAGGCAUCUUCAAAAUUGAAGACUCGGCCCAGGUGGCCCGGCUCUGGGGCAUCCGCAAGAACCGUCCAGCCAUGAACUACGACAAGCUGAGCCGCUCCAUCCGCCAGUAUUACAAGAAGGGCAUUAUCCGGAAGCCCGACAUUUCCCAGCGCCUUGUCUACCAGUUUGUGCACCCCAUCUGAGGGCUGCGGGCCAGACCCUAGGCCCAAAACCUCCCUCCUGCCUGCUCCUGAGCAGAGGGAGAGGGCCGUCCGCUGGCAUUCAGAGUCUGGGGCCAGGGAGGGGACGGCCCGCUGCUCCCAGGGGCCUCUCUGGGGCCUGAGGUGGGGGUGCUUCCUCCUCAGGCCUGACUGCGCAUGUGCCCAUGGAGGGGGCCAGGGCUGGACAGGGAAGGCCUUCCCUCCACCCCAGCCUCUGACCCCAGGAUUUCCAGAGCAGAGCCGACAGAAAUGGCAGUGACUUGGCCAAGGCCACUAAAAGUCCGUCCAGUGCUCUCUGUCACCCAUCCUACACCGUGCCUGGCAUGGUGUUAGGAGACGUCUGCACCCCUGAACUGGGGAGCCAGGAGUUCCCUUGGGAAUGGAUAAUAAAGGUACCAGAGAACUGAUACA